CCUGCAACUCUCCAAGGACUAUCUCCGGCAUCUCCUGGGUAAUUCCUUAUUCCAAUUCAUUGGUAAGGCGAGCAAUGGAAGACGCUCGAGCUGCAGAGAAGAGGCAGCGAAAGAGGAUCCAGAAUCGGAUCAACCAACGGGCGUUCAGAGCCCGCCAUCAGGGCAAAAUUCCUGGCUCGAGCAAUUCAAAGAAACAGGGCCAAUAUCACGUCUCGAGCUGGCGUCUCGACGAGCAACAGACCACUACUGGUCUUAUCACCUCUGCAACCGCGGAAACAAGCUACUCUCCUCUCCCGCAGGACCACAGGCUGCUCCACCUUGUGAAAUGGAACGUGUUUCGCGGCUUAUCCCAGAAUAAGGUCCUUCUCAAUCGGCUCACAACGCAAUACCGGCUCUCGGAUACGGCCCUGGCCGAGCCGUUCAAAUACUACGAGACAUCAAAUUUCCCGGAGUAUUCGGUCAUCGUUCCGGUGACGACAGGGGGCCGGCCUUUCUGUGACUCGCUCACGCCCACGAGCACGCAAAUGAAUGUCGUCCACUCGUCGUGGAUAAACUUCAUUCCUUUUCCGCGGAUGAGGGAGAAUUUAAUCAAGUUCGAGUUUGAGUUUAGCCACUCGGAUCUUGUUAGGGAUCUUGUUGGCGAUUUGAUUAAUCUGAAUCUGUUUGUGACGAAUGCACUAUCGUCGUCGCCUCCGGGACUGGAUCCAACACUUACUGACAAACAAACGGCUUUGCCGGAAGGGGAGUCUGGUCUCAUCGUAUGGGGCGAACCAUAUAGAGCGGAGAGUUGGGAGGCGACGCCGGAGUUUCUGAGGAAAUGGGCAUGGGCUGUGGCAGGAUGUCAGGACUUGAUUGAUUCGACUAACCAUUGGAGGAGAGCGAGGGGUGAGGAUCCGGUGCAGCUGAUCCCUGGCCAUACGCGUGUUACCUGUUCUCAUAGCGAGUCCGAGUAAUCAUGGAUUGUAAUAACUGCGUUGACAUAAAGCUUUGAGAGGCUAUUGAUUUAUUCACGGCCUGAGGGCUGCUGGGGAGUAAGCCAUGAGGGUGGGCGAUAAAAUCUGGGCGCGGCUGCAAGCUGGAGUUGAGGACGGUUUUGUACUGUGAUAAUUCAACAGGUGUUCGUACUGGAGCUGAAAUGCCUGUUUGUCCCUGGUGUAACGUUUACACGACAGUCCGGAAAUCGGAAGGACAUCAGUUGAUAGGCGCGUGUCCGUCAUGGACCGGAGCCUAGAAAAGAUCAGCAUAAGGUCAAGUGGCCUGCAG